CUUCAAUCCGGCGAGUGGCAAGCAAGGGAUCUCUGAACUUUCGUACAGAUCUCUUUGCCCAGUCCAGCUUUUUUCCCCUGAUUGUUCAUUUUUCACCCAUUUGUCUUAGGCGCAAAAAAGACUCACCAUGGGUAUUUUAGAAAAGAUCCAAGAAAUCGAACGGGAGAUUUCGAGGACUCAGAAAAACAAAGCAACUGAGUACCAUCUGGGUCUUUUGAAAGCCAAAAUUGCAAAGUUGAGGCAACAGCUUUUGGAGCCUUCUGGCAAAACAGCGCAAAAGGGUGAAGGAUUUGAUGUCAUGAAAUCUGGAGAUGCUCGGGUUGCACUUAUUGGAUUCCCAUCUGUAGGAAAGUCAACUCUCCUGAACACCUUGACGUCAACGCACAGCGAGUCUGCUUCCUACGAGUUCACAACACUGACUUGUAUACCUGGCGUCGUAGAGUAUAACGGUGCUAAUAUACAGCUGCUAGAUUUGCCCGGAAUCAUUGAAGGAGCCGCUCAGGGUAAAGGUCGAGGUCGCCAAGUGAUAGCUGUGGCCAGAACGGCCGAUCUGAUUGUGAUCAUGCUGGAUGCCACGAAGGGAGAAAUUCAGAGACAACUUCUAGAGAAGGAGUUGGAGCAGGUCGGAAUUAGGCUGAACACGCAGAGACCCAACAUUUAUUUCAAGCAAAAGAAAGGUGGGGGUAUCUCCUUCAACUCGAUGGUGCCUUUGACAAAGACCAGUGAGAAGAUGAUUCAGCUGAUUCUCCACGAGUACAAAAUUUUCAACGCUGAGGUUUUAUUCCGAGAAGACUGCACGUCGGACGAGUUUGUUGAUGUCAUUCUGGGUACCAGAGUCUACAUGCCCUGCCUUUAUGUCUACAACAAGAUUGAUCAGAUUUCCAUCGAGGAAGUCGAUCGCCUAGCCAGACAACCACACACAGUUGUAGUAAGCUGCAACAUGAAAAUGAACUUGGAUUAUCUGCUGGAUAAAGUGUGGGAGCAUCUGGCGUUGUUGAGGGUUUACACGAAGAAACGAGGAGAGCGUCCCGACUUUGAAGACGGAUUGAUACUGCGACAGGGAGCUUCAGUUGAGCAUGUGUGCCAUGUGAUCCACAGAACGAUAGCUCAGAGUUUCAAAUACGCUCUCGUUUGGGGUCAGAGCACGAAGUACAACCCCCAGAGAGUCGGAUUAUCACACAUCAUGGCGGACGAGGACGUUAUACAAGUGGUGAAAAAAUGAGAGGCGACUGUCGACCGUUCUGAAUGAAUGUUACUUCCCUUCUGAUCCAGACUGGGAAAGAAGAAUGACUACGGAGAUGCGACAUUAUUGUGAUUGGGGUGUUGACCGACUGAAACUGAAAGUUGUGAUUGCUUGAAUGAGACGCUUUUUUGUUUGUUUGUUUGUGUUGAUGAAAGUGAAAGCUCUGAGCAUUCUGGUCACUGAUUACUUAUUCUUUUUCCCCGAGCUCUUUUUUUUUUUGGGGGGGGGGGGGGGGGGCAUCAUAUUACCGCUUGGCAAGAUAUUCUGGUUCAUACACAGAAUGAUUAAAUAAGGAUUUCAGGCCCAUACACAGAAUGAUCAAAUAAGGAUUUCAGGCCCAUCUUUCCAGUAUUGUAAGAAUUUUUCAUUUUACCGCUCCCUUAGGUGAAAAGUAUUGAAGUACAGAAUAAUUUAGGCACAGAGAUUGUUUUUUAUGUGACCCAGAAUAAUAGAAAAGGCAUCAUUCGUCUUCCAUGGUUUACUCAUUUCUGACGUACAUUUGAACGAGCUCAAACGUGACCUUGGACCUCCCUCCAGGGACUCGUAAAGACUGAGUGUUUGCAGCACUGACCAUGAGCAAGUUGGUUGGUUAAUGGAACAUUUGUCGUUUCUGUCAGUUUAUGUCCCUUUCUGAGAGUAAAACCAUGUUUGUGUUUUUCUUGCACUGUCUACAAUUCUAGAGUGCGAUAUGACCUUGAUGGCUUUAUAUUCUUUUCAAGCUGAACCACUUGUUUGUCCUUACCCGAUUGUGCUAUCUAAAAUUUAAUGACUUGUUACCAAAAGUGAUUGAGUUUUUUUAUCUAUGAUAAAAGCCUAUGUUUUUCGUAAGAAUAUGGUCAUGUUCUGUUGUAAAGUGAGAUUUAUUUUUCAGUAGACUGAAAGUGAAAGCGAAAACUCGGGUCCUUUUGUUAAUUUCUCUGGCUGGGUGUUCACACCGCAAUGUUCCAUUUUGCAUGCAAAUUCUAUGUUUAUGAAACAGUUCUGCAAGUUUAUUUUCAGCAAUGUGUCCUCAUUUGACCAGUUGCACGAUCAUUGAUUGCACUGCAAAUUUUGGGGGGGAAAUCUUUUUCGGCCCUCUUUUUACUAAGGAGUAAACCAUUGUGAUAAGUGGUUGAUCCUUUUACUAGUCUUACCCUCCUCUCUCUCUCUCUCUCCGUAGUUUCUAUCUGUCUGUCUCGCUUUCUCACAGCGCUGGAUGGUUAGUGCGUAUUGAUGAGCUUCUCUUUGCUCAAACUCAAACUUAACUGCUUCAAAUAGGUGCUUGGUUUUUCGCCUGGGAACUCUGGAUUUCAGAGUAUGGUAUAACUGCGGUGCCCUGCUGAUAUCCCAACAGUUGGGAGAUUUAUUUAUUUAUAAUCUACAGCGUUCUCAGAGUUUCUCCCUCUGAUGAUGUGUAGGCUAAUUUCAGUUUAACACUUUGCAGUCACACAGCCAGCAAUACAAAAUACCCCAUCUGGUCACCCAGCUAGGAGAGCGACUGCAGCGUACUUCUCGGACCUGGGCCUGGCGCUGAACUGCAUCAGGUGACCGGAACGAAUAAUUUUCACUUGCGCAUUAUUGCGGCAAGUGACCGCAAAGUGUUGAAGAGUCUGCUGUCUUUUCCCGACUCUGCUUGUCUUUCGCUGAGUGAAGUGAUGAGUGAUGUUGUAUUGUAUGUCAGUAUGGAUAUCUGUGUGAAUGGAAAACUGUGCUUAUGUUGAAUGUAGGCUUUGUUGAGCUGGGGAGUAGGUGUAUAAGCAAGUGUGAAUUACUACUGUUACUUUUUCCCCUAGCAUGUCACGGAAUUUCCGCGGUAUAUGAGAAUUUUUGGUUCUCUUCUGUCAUGCAAAUGUGGAUCUGCUAUCUAUAGAAUCGAUUUAGCGUAAGACCGUAAGAAAAAAGGGAACUCUAGGCUCGCAUUACUAUUUUACUUUCUUUGUUCUUUCUAUCUUGAUUUGUACAUCAGUACUGAGAUGGGAUGAGUGGAGCCAUAGCAACCCCCCCCCCCGUAAACCUUACCUUCUAUUCUUUUUUAUUUUCUUAGACUAUGAGGGGAUAAGAGUACUAGUAUUUGAACUCCACUUGAGGUUCAGGGCUGAAUAUAUGAUUUUUUUACCCGUACCGGUAUAUCCUGAUUUACUGACAGCCGACAUGAUCAGUUUCCAUGAAUGAUGAAUGGUUGAUGUAUAGUAGACCUGCCACAACUCUGGUGAGAAUAUGAAUGCCCUGAUCGUCUUGUAGAAAUUAUAGAGCAAGUUUUUGUGAAGGGAAGAGGAACAAAACACAUUGUCUUUACCUCUUUUUUAAGGGGGGGGGGGUUGCUAGUGAGAAGCCUUUGAUUGUGUUCUUAUUUCGUUUAUUUCAACUUAAAAGAGAUUUGCACUUAAAUGCAUUGAAAUCAUUUGCUUUUAUUUCUCAAUAUGUCUAAUUUACUAUAUGGAAGUGCUGAAAAGUCGGUUACAAAGUGAUUUCCUCCCCUCUGAAUCCACUCUACUCUGUGUGUGUGCCACCUAUGAUGUGUCUUGAAUAUCCCUUGAAAUGCAACAGAAGAUACAACAUUCUUGUACAUAAUGCAAGGAAGGGGAAAAAAACCCUGUUUUGUUCACCCCAGUUUCUUGGGAUGAGUCAUUGUUAUUUUCUGCUUAAGGACGGUAUUAAAACUGAUGGACCCUGCUAGUUGCUUGUUGUUUGAGUCUUAUGGUGAUUGCACAGCCUAUGAUGUUGUCUGUGUGAGAUUGGUGAUUGCACAGCGUAUGAUGUUGUCUGUGUGAGAUUGGUGAUUGCACAGCGUAUGAUGUUGUCUGUGUGAGAUUGGUGAUAUUUGGAAUUGUUCCUUUGGAUAUGAUUGAUCUGUAUAGAUGCGUAAAACAUAAAGAGAGCAAAUUGGAAAUGAGGUCA